AUGCGCAUCUUCGCCUCCCUCGCGUUCGCCGUCACCCUGGCGCUCACGCUCGCCGUCGCCGCGCCGCCGCAGCCGCCGCAGGCGCCGAUGCGCGCGUCCGAGCAGUUCGGGCUCGACCUCGUCGACCAUGCGUCCUCCUGUCUCCGCUCGUGCCACGGCGCCGCGACGCAAGUCCUCAUCCUCAAGAACCUCGGCAUCAACAGCGCCGUCUUCAUCACGCGCAACUGCCAAGAGAAGCGCUGGGCCGAGCUCAUCGGCGCGUGCCUGCCCAUGGUGUGCAAGUCUGCGCCCGACGUCGCGUACGCCGUCGAGUACGCGCACGCGUGGUGUGCGCGCGCCGGUGUGCGCAACGUCUCCAUCACCCUGCCCGAGUGGUACAUGGACUCCCCGGGCGGCGAGUACUACCGGUGCGUGAACGAUCGGGUGCGCUGA